AAACAAGAUCACACAAAUUUGUAAAAAAAACAAAUACACACCACACAGAACAAAAAAGGAGGAGCUCAACUGAGGAUAUAAAAAGAGGAGCCUCAGUGGGAGCUCACUUCAUACACGAACCUCGAGCAGUAAACAUCUCUCCAGCCAGACCGAACAUAUACAUUUUUUGUGCGUCUUUUUGGCCUGAAGAAGACCCAGAGAACUUACCUUACCCAGUGGAAUUGGAGACUUUGACGAUGCCUGGACUCAGGUCCGGCGUGGCGGACGCCACCACUGAGAUCGCCAACCGUUCCGGAGCCGCCAGCCUUUUCGGGACCGAGAUUAUGGGGCAGGAAAACCUCAGCAGCUUGAUCCACAGGCGCCUUCUUCCCUCAGACUGAUAUCGACUUCGUCUGGAGCAGCUGAGUCCAACUGAAGUGGAUUUACAACAGGUAACAAAAAUGGCCCAGCUUAACAAUCUUCCUUCCCUGGACAACUCCACGUGGGUCAAUGCAGGAAAUGACACCAUUGUGGAUAACAGAACCGCUACCACGGUGGGCGCCCUCAUUCUGAGCCUCGUCUUUAUCUUGGGCUUCCCGGGAAAUGUCUUUGUCAUCUGGAGCAUCCUGGCACGUGCUCGAAAGCAGUCCAUCACCACCCUCCUCAUCCUCAACCUAGCUAUUGCCGAUGGAUCGCUGAUGGCUCUCACACCAUUCUUCAUCAUUUAUCUGGUUUGGAAGAAGUGGAUAUUUAAGAGAUUGAUGUGUAAGGUCAUUUUCUACCUGUGUCUGGCCAACAUGUACGCCUCCAUUCAUCUCAUCAUGCUGAUGAGCCUCUACAGGGUGAUGGCAGUCCUGUGGCCACAGCGCAUUAGCGCUAUCACUGGUCGGAAAAUGGUACUGCGGGUGCUGGUCGUGGUGUGGAUGCUGGUGAUCAUCGCCUCGGUUCCUGCACUUCUCUUCAGAGACGUGAGGGAUAGAAGUAAUACCAUGGUGUGCGAAGCAUUCCAUGAUGAAAACUCCCAUACGGUCCUGCAGUACAUGCUGGAGCUCGUGUUGGGCUGUUUCAUUCCCUACAGCGUCAUUUUAGUCAGCUACGUCUGCAUCUUACGACGGAUACGACAGACCAAGUUCCGACGUAUUCGCAGUGAGAAGCUCAUCCUGGCCAUCGUGUUGACUUUCUGCCUCCUGUGGUUGCCCUAUCACAUCAUCAACGUGGUGCAAGUUUCAUGGGCUUUUUGUCCAGAUGGUCGAGUGAAAGACAUACUGAGUAAAAUCUGGCGCAGCAGCCGCGCCGUCACCUCAGCCAUCGCCUUCAUCAGCAGCUGUGUGAACCCGGUGCUGUACUUCUUCGCAGGAAAGUCUUACAUUCGUCGGGAGGGGUUGGCGUUCAUGGCUCGCUUGUUUGAGGGCACGGGCCUGGACUCUGGCACCAGAAAGAGCAGGCAGAACAGCCAGAACAGCCGUGACAAAGACAAAGACGCAGAAGCCGUCAGGCUUAACGGCAAAGAUCGGGACUCUGUCACCAACUCCAGUUCUAACGUCAAAACAUCGAAGAAUGAAAAGUAGGGGACGCACAGCGCAGAAGAUUAUUCUGGUGUUUAUGCCAUAGAGGGAAAAAAUUGAAAAAGCUCAGGGCUUUCAAUCUGUCCUUCGGCUGAUCGCAAGCAACUUCUAUCACAAAUAUUCAAUAACGUAACUUUUCCAGAUGUCAAUGAUACAAACUUUGAACAACUUUCUGCUGGAGGCUCACAACAUAUCUAAUGACAUUUGAGCCUUAACUAUUUCAUAAGGAGAAACUGUGCAUGCUUCAUCAGCCUCCCAAACCAAACAUCCAUCCAAAGACAGGUGGUGGCCGACAUGCAAACUGUAAAGUCAAUAUGAAACUGUUUUGUCCAUCUUUUUUGAUUUCCUUAUGCAGCUAAUGUUUUACUUGUAAAAAUGCCUAACCUUUAAACAAACUGAAACAGUGAACAUUA